UACGCUGACAAAAAACAUUUAUCAAGUCUUUAUGGAAGAUUUGGGCGUUGCUCAAAAGAAGUUUAAAUAAUUCUGUUAAUCUUUCCUUCUUAGGCAGACUAAAUUGAGUUUUCUUUUAUUUUUCCGACUGUACUUUAACGUGUCUCGCUGGCAUUUGACAACAGAUUGUCCUUGGCUAGCCGUGUUAGCAUGAACAAGCUAAACAGCGUACUCAAACUUCCCCGUUAAAGUUUACGUGAAGCUGCAGGUUCCCUGGGAGAGGCCAUCCUGUCGUCGUCGCCCCCUCCUCCCCCUCCCCCCGGGGAAUAACUGACUCGGGCUAAUGUCAUCCAGUCCAAAUGAUCAGGGGGGUCUGUCCCAGGCGGCCUCUAAUGAAAACACCCAAGACCUGUUUGGCAAGCCCACUCAGCCAGGGGCCAAAGCCAACACACCAGAAGAGCAGCCCUCACGCUUGCUAGAUGAGGCCUCUCCUUCAUCCACAUCUUCUUAUGAGAUGGUUGACGAGGAGUCGGUUCCAGACCCGUACAAAGACGUGCAGCCUCACUGGUAUUUCUGUUGUCGGGCUGAUGACAGCACAUCCUGGCUCCCUUUCAGCAGAGAGGACUCUGACAAACUAGAAAACACAUACACCACUGGAAAUCAGGACGAGGAAGUCGUAAUUGCUGUGGAUGGGGAGCGGUACGAUGUACAUGUCAAAGAGAGAAAGCGCUAUGCCGUGUAUUGGGAGCAGGCUCCCACUGAGGUCCGCCGCUGUACUUGGUUCUACAAAGGGGAUAAGGAUACUCGGUUCAUGCCAUACCCUGAGGACUUCAGCAAAAUGCUGGAGGAAGCAUUUAAAGAAGCAGUGACUUCAGACCAGUGGAAGAAGAAAAUUGACUUUCCUACAGGGGAGACGGUCAUCAUACACAACCCUAAACUCAUAAUGCAGUAUCAGCCAAUCGGAUUGCAGGACGACUGGAUUUCCUCUCCGUCAGAGCAGACUCGACCUCGCACCGUCAAGAGGGGAGUUGAUAGUAUCCCUAUUGACAUACCUGAUGGGGAGCCUGAUAAGGUGGAUCAUCUUGUUUUCAUGGUGCACGGCAUUGGCCCUGCUUGUGACUUGCGUUUUAGGUCCAUCAUACAAUGUGUAAAUGACUUUAGGAGCGCCUCGCUGUCCCUCCUUGCGUCCCAUUACAAGCGAGCGCAGCAGGACGGGCUGGUGGGCCGGGUGGAGUUUCUACCUGUCAACUGGCACAGUGCUCUACAUGGGGAUGCCACCGGUGUAGAUGAGGACAUUCAGAGGAUCACUUUACCCAGCAUCAGCAGGCUAAGGCAUUUCACCAACGACACACUAUUAGACCUAUUUUUCUACAACAGCCCAACCUACUGCCAGACCAUAGUAGACACAGUGGCCUCAGAAAUCAACAGGCUUUAUGCCCUCUUUAAGCAGAGGCACCCGGACUUCAACAGGGCUGUUUCUCUCGUGGGCCAUAGCCUAGGUUCUCUGAUCCUGUUUGACCUUCUAACAAAUCAAAAGACGGAAUCAAAAGUACCAUCAGGGGAUCCUUCUUCUCUAAGCAGUAAUACUCUGGAGCAGAUUUUAACCAAACUGGACCUAAAGCAAUACCUGGACAUACUUAAAUCAGAAAACCUUGACCUGGAAUCACUGAGUCUCUGCAAAGACAGCGAUCUUAAAGAUUUGGGAAUUCCUCUGGGACCCCGGAAGAAAAUCUUAAACUACAUCAAGAGAAGGUGGCUCCCAGAGGAGUGCAAGGCAGCAGCAACACUGCAGAUGCAAGAUCCCCAGAUUCCAGGUCACGACGCUGACGAGCUUGCAGGAUUGUCGUCUGAGCAGUCCCGUUUCUACAGAGCGCAGGCUGUCACCAGCGCCGUGGACUAUGAAUACUUCGAUGUCGGCAUUGGACAGAACAAUGGAGGCAUAGCCAAGGGACAGGUCUCCAUUGAUUACCCGCAAUUAGCAUUCCAACCUCAGGCCUUUUUUGCUUUUGGCUCCCCAAUUGGAAUGUUCCUGACGGUUCGUGGACUCAAGCGCAUUGAUCCAAACUACACUUUCCCCACAUGCAAGAGCUUUUACAACAUCUACCAUCCAUACGAUCCUGUUGCAUAUCGGAUUGAACCCAUGAUCGUCUCAGAGGUGGAUCUGGAGCCUAUGCUAAUCCCUCACCACAAAGGCAGAAAGAGAAUGCAUCUGGAACUGAAAGACAGUUUGACUCGAAUGAGUAUGGAUCUGAAGAAUAAUGUACUGGGAUCCCUACGAACAGCGUGGCAGUCGUUUGCCAGAAUACCUGUUGCCGCGCUGCCUUCUGUGGAAGAAGGAGAAACAUCCGCUGAUGCAAACCCCCAAGAGGCACAGGCUUCAGCAGCAGAUAGUAAUGCUGAUGCUAACAAAGGAGACAGAAAUGCUGAUAUUUGGAGUAAAAUACUGGAGUGGCCCGGGGCCAUUCAUACGCAUUACUUAAAAGGCGUCUGUGUGGAGGCAGAGUCCUCCAUGAACGCAGAGCAGACAGAGAAUUCUGAGAUCAAAAUGGGGAUGCUGAAUGGAGGACGAAGGAUCGAUUAUGUGCUUCAAGAAAAACCCAUAGAGAGCUUUAAUGAAUACUUGUUUGCUAUCCAGUCUCAUCUGUGUUACUGGGAAUCUGAAGAUACAGCUCUUCUGCUGCUGAAGGAGAUUUAUGACAAGCUAGGUGUGGCUUUUGAACAGCCACAACAAUAACACUGUUUGAAGCAUGUUUAUGACUGUUUCAUGAAAAUGAAGGAGAAGGUUUGAAGCCACAGACUGGACAAUCAUCUCCGAGAAUGCCUUACUGACUGAGACCCAUCCCACUUUCUCUGACACUGGAGAAUGUGAGGCUGCUGUCAGGUGAUCUUUGUCCAUUUCUUUUCUCUAAAACAGGUUAGCGGGGUCUGCCUGGAGUUUAAUGAAGGUCUAACUUUUGGCUUUAAAAUCUGAUUGCACUUUCCAAAGCCACCUUUUUGCUUUUUCUGCAAUGUUGCAGGUAAUAGAAGUUUUAGGUUAUAAUCUAAUAUGUGUUUGAAAAUGCUCACUAGAAAUCUGAAAACAGCUUUGCACAUGUGGCUUGUCAGUUUGAGUUCUUUUUUUUGUUUUUCAGACUCAUACCGGUAAAAUACACUUUUCUAAGUGUUGUCACAAGAGAAAACAUUAAGCAGGCUUGAACAAAUGAAACAAAGAUUUAACACAAUUAAAAAAAAAAAUUCUAAUUAUUAAGCUUUUCUUGAGCAGUGAAGUGUUUCCUUUAUUAGUCUUGGUUUUUACCUUUACAAAUACCAGAAGCUUUUUGUUGAAGAAAAAAAUGGCUGAUAUGUUGUCUGUUACAAUUUUCCUGGCAGCUAAAUUCACUUUUGCAUCAAAUCUUAAAACUUGGAAACAUUUGCAGUGUUAGAGUGGUGGUAAAUUUGUACCACUCUCAUUUCACAAAGUCCCUCUUUUCAUUAACAAAAUGUGCACUUUGCUACAUUGAUAUUUGAUGUGGUUAAAGUUUGUGUAAGUUUGAUAUCUGUAACAUUUCUGAAUGAAGUAAUCCUGAUUUAUUUUUUUUAACUGAUGUGCAGAGAGUCAGGCUUAGAAACUGUGAGUUUGUCUUGUAAUAUCUGUCAAUACUCCAAGUGUAAGUGUGUAAAUCAUGCUAAUUGCACAAAAAACAUUUCCAUCCACUUCUCUCCACUUCUUUCCGAUGUUCAGAACAUCAUCACACUAACAAAUGUUUUUAUUUCAUUUUCAUAUAUAGUCCAGGCAUUGAGUGUGGGUGCUUUGCUUGUUUUGUAACUUACCCCGACCCGUUGGAUCUUAUCGGAGAAACACACCGGAGCAGCACACAAGUUAGCAGCAUCUAACAAAACCAGCAACCAACUGGUCCUGGAGGAUCAGAAGGAGUUACCUAAUAAACAGUGAUCACUAAACUAGAUGCACUUAUUUCAAUUGAGAGUGUUUCUUUGUAUACUCCAGAUAUCACACAGAGCACAAACAUAUGAAGUGGUCAAAUGUAUUGCAGAUUGAAAAAAAGAAAAUAAAAAGUAAAUAGUUUGAGUUAAAUAUUUAUUUUAAGCUAUGCACUUUCAGAUGUCUGAAGUUCUUUACUAUAAAAUGUUGGACAAUGUUUGAGAUGUAACAUUUCAUCACUUAUUAAAACUGGCUCUUUUUAUUUUAUUCUAUUUUUUUUAUUCCUAUCUGACACAUUGUGGCAUAUAUUGUGAAAUGCAUGUUUAUAUGCAAAACACCAAAUUAUUGACACCAUGACUCCAUAAUGCCAGUUGCAGCAGUUGAUGACAUAUGCCAAAAAGCAGAUGUUUUUCCUGUAAUCACAUACUCAAUAAAUGUGGUUACGUGUUUUAUGUGCCAGAAUAAAACACUACUCCAGUC